UUGGUUUUGGGUUGGGUUUUGGGGUUUUUGUUUGGCUGUUUUGGUGUUGGUUUUUGUGUUUUGCUUCCCCCAUCAAUACGCUGUGUUUCCUAUCCUUCUACGAUGACCUGGGCACACCGCCCACAUGGCGUCCGCACUCGUGGAAAAAAAUCACGCUCCCCACCAGCGCUCGCGUGGCGGCUCAUUGGGAUACAAUACCCUAUGCUCUGCGGUCCCAAAAAUGGCCAGUGGCACAUUGGCACGGGUUCGAUCGCAUGCAUUGUUGACAAAGCAGAUUGGGCACUGACUGUGAAUCAUGCCUUUGAACGUCGCAAAGCCCUGGACCCUGCUAUGAAGCUUCCGUGGGAACAACCUUCGACGCAGGGAAUCUUUCACAACAGUCUGGGCCUCAACUUACCACAAGUGCAUGGUAUAGCUUGGAGCGGCUCACAACUAAGACUGAAGAUGGUAAGCAAAUCUUGGCAAGCGGAGAAGCUGAAGUUUGUGCAGAUGCUGCUUUUCUCAGUGCUGUGAAAGACAUUCAGAACUUGGACUACUUUGAAAACAAACGAUUGCAAACAGAUUUGGCCUGCGCCAAGUGGCUUGAUAUUCUUGCCAUAAACUGGAGUGCAUCUGCCAUUGGCCAACAGGUUUGUGAGAUCUCAGGAGCGAUCCCACUGGAGAGAUGGCGAAUGAAACCCUCAAGGCUUGUUGUGGUAGAAAGAGUUAUUCAACUUUGCUCAAGCGUGCAGGAACUUUGAAACGUUUCAUUCUUUGGCACAAAGAUCACUACUUUGAGAGAGGUUUCAGUGUUGACGCAAUACCGCUGCAUGAGCCAGAUGUUUGGAACUAUGUCAGGCACUUGACAGAGUCUAGAGAGAGUCUAGAAUCCGCGAUGCACGUGGUACACUGGACCUGCCACUUUCCUUGAGACUGUGAGGUUCACAAAGUUCAUGUAGACAUCCUGGAAUCUAGGAGAUUGCAAGGUUGUGCGGGAGAAGGGGCCUACUCAUCAGGCCCCACCUGUGGAGCUGGAACAUUUGAGGCGGCUACAUUCAGUGUUGUUGAAUGUUGGUGCAGUUUGCAUGCUUUUGUGUACAUAUGCACGAGCACGUUGGAGCGAUCUACGCUUCGUUCAUCAUGUUGAGAUUGAAAGCAAGAGGAAUGGUUGUUUGGUCUUGUACACAACUGAGCAUAAGACUUGUGCUGUUGGCGAAAAGAAGGAACAAUACUUGCCCUUUGUUGUUCCUUGGGACGGAGUGACAAAUGACAACUGGCUGCAGAUUUUCUUGGAUCUUUACCAACAGGUUGGGCUGAAUAUUCACAAGGUACCGCUGGGUCCUCUGCUUCCUGCUCCUGGAUCUGGUGGUGGAUUCUGCGCACGGCCCUUGACCACGUCUGAAGCUGCAGCUUGGUUGCGAGGUCUUUUGAAGGGAACUUCUAAUUGGGAAACCUUUCGCUCCCAUUCCAUGAAAGCUACCCUGUUGGACUGGUGUGCAAGAUCUGGAAUGGAUAAGGAAGUUCGGUCAGUGCUUGGGCAUCAUUGCAGUGCUGUGAGUGGUUCGGAAGUAGUGUAUGCCCGUCAUUUGCAGGCCAGGCCAAUUCGAAAGUUGAUGAUGCUGCUCCGGUUAGUCAGGAUUGGCAUGGGCCUUGAGGAAAUCGCUGACAAAGGCAACAUUCCAGGUGUCACACCGGCAGUGGGUACACCUGGACCUGGUUUUGGGAUUCAUGGUUGUGCAGCACGGACACCUGUGUUGCCAGUUGAGCGUAUUCAAACCGAAGAAGACCCGGUUCAGGAUGCAGUUGAAGGUGUUCAGGACCACGAAGACCAACUUUGCAUCAAGGAAGAGAUGAACAAUGCUGCAGAUGUUGCCGCCUCAGCAAGCAGCUUGAGUCUGUUUCCAGAAAGCAUUGUUCAAAUUGGUUUGAUCGAGAUCGAUAGUUCGUCCGGCAGUGACAGUGAGUCGAGCAGCUCAAGCAGUGAUGAGCCGCUAGCUGAGACUUUUGAAACAAGUCACGCAUACACUGAAGUAGUACCUGAAGGCUUGACCCUUGCGUGUGCGCGCAGUCCGAAAUGACCAGGAAGUGACUGUGUGCAAAAUGAAGAUAACAGCGAAUUUUCAGGAACUGGGCCGCACCUUGAACUUCAGGUAUCCGAAGUGUUUGAGGUGCUUCCCAAACGAUCCAGGGCGCGUGCGUAGUCGUGAAGACGCUGUUGAGGCCUUGGACAAAGCCUUAGAGAGAGUUCGGAAAGCCAGGAGAAGUGCAAGGUAACCCUCUAGUUUCUUUUAAAGCUCACUCAAUUAACCGCUACCUGUACUGAACGCUGAAACGUGAAACAAACGGACUGUUUGAGUGCUGCAUGUGUUUUGAUCUUGUGUGCAUUUCAGCUUCCAACCAUUCA